AUGGCUAGUGGCAGAAGUAGACGUGAUCCUGCAUGGGAGCACGGAGAACAAAUCCCUGAUAACAAAAAUGGCAGCAUAUGCAAAUAUUGUGGGGUUACGAUGAAAAGUGGUGGAGUACCACGUCUUAAAUACCAUCUCAGUGGACUUGAUCCAGGAAACAAUGUGCAACGAUGUGAGGCCGUUCCAACAGAAGUAAAGAAUUUCAUCAAAACCUUAUUGAUGAAUAAACAAAAAAAUAAAACACAAAAAGCACAUAUAAUGGAAGAGAUUCGAGCAGAGCUUCGUGGAGACAUAAUUGACUCACAAGAUGAUAGCGACGAUGAGGUGUAUGAUGAUGAUGACAUGGGUCCUGAGGAACGAGCAGCCUUUCAACAAGCAAUUCGUAACUCCAGACAAGCACAAUGGGAAAGGGAACACCUCCACAAAGUUCCUAACAGAGGACAAUCUUCUGGGUCUAGUAGAGGCACACCUAUGCAACGAGCAUCAAGUUCCAGAGAAUCACGACCAAUGCAACCGUUGGCACCAAAUCUUAGCAAAUCAUUCCAAGCCCGCCAAAAGAGUAUUAAAAAUCUCUUUUCAAAAGGUUCUGUAAAGGAGGUAAUGGGUCGUUUGAUCGCAAAGUUUUUCAUCCAUGGUAAUAUUCCUGCAGAGAAAGCAGCAUGUCCUCAUUAUCAAAAUAUGGUGAUCGGAAUCCAAAGAGCAGGAGAAGGAGUUCAACCCCCCACACCUUAUGAGAAAAGGAACAAGUAUUUGGAUAUGGAGUUCAAAGACAUUUCUGAAUAUGUCAACACCUUGAGGGCAACAUGGGAGACUUAUGGAUGCACGAUCAUGUGCGAUGGAUGGUCAGGGCCAACUAGAUUGUCCAUCAUAAAUUUCAUGGUCUACUCCAAAGGUACCAUUGUUUUUCUCAAGUCAGUUGAUUCUUCUGGUGAGAAAAAAGAGCAUCACUAUAUAUACAAACUUUUGAAGGAAGUUGUCCGAGAGGUUGGAGAGCACAAUGUGGUUCAAGUGGUGACUGACAAUGCUGCUAAUUAUGUUAAAGCUGGUAAGAAGUUGAUGAAACACCAUAAUAUUUAUUGGACUUCUUGUGCAGCUCACUGCAUUGAUCUCAUGUUCGAAGAAAUGGGGAAGAAAGAACAAAUUGCAAAGGUGAUUGACAAAGGUAAAAUUAUUUCAAAAUACAUUUACAAUCAUAAUUUGUUGUUGAGCAAGAUGCGGGAUUUUUGUAAAGGAGAAAUUAUUCGUGCCGCACCAACUCGAUUCGCAACCAACUUCAUUUCAUUGGAAAGCUUGGUCAAGAAGAAGUCAGGAUUGAAGCAAUUGUUUUCAAGUGAUUGGUGGACCAAUAGUAAUUUUAGUCGCACUGAUCAUGGUCGCAUUGUUGAAGAUAUUAUAUUUGAUCAAGUAUUUUGGAAUCAAGCAGAAAAUGUGUGUCAAAUAUCUGAGCCGCUUUAUAAAGUAUUACGCGUUGUCGACCCAGAAGUCUAUCCAACCAUGGGUGCUAUUUAUGAGCUGAUGCGUGUAGUGAAGCAAGAGUUAGAAAGAAAGCAUGGAGCAAAAUGGGUAGUAAAAAUUAUCAAUGAUCGGUGGUGCAAAACAUUAUGGCAUGAUUUACAUUCAGCAGGUUAUUACUUGAAUCCUCGAUACAAUUAUAGACCAGGCGUCGGAGAUGAUUGUAUGCUUAUUGAAGCUGUGCAUAAAGUUUUUUCUAAAUUGGACCCUAACUCUCCAACAAUAGGUCAAUUCGGAAAAGAGCUUACCUAUUUUAAAGAUGCAAAACUAAAUUUUGGCACGCCAACAGCAAUUGCAGCCAGAACAGAGAUGUCUCCCACCGAUUGGUGGGUAAUGUAUGGAAGUAGUGCACCUACUGUGAGAAAGUUAGCUAUUAAAGUAUUAUCACAAACAGCAUCGGCAUCUGCCUGUGAAAGGAAUUGGAGCACAUUUGCACUAAUUCAUACUAAGCAAAGAAACAAGUUGGGAUAUGGUAGGCUACAGAAAUUGGUAUUCUGCUAUUACAACAUGAGGCUUAAAAUUCGAGACAGAGAAGCUGCGCAUUCUCAGAUGGAACAAAAAGAUCCAUUGGAUGUCUUUGAUAUUGGUACUGAGUUUGAUGACGAAGAGAAGCAAGUAAUUCAAGAAGAGGUUAUAGGACCUGAUAGAGAAUCUAUUGAAGCUUUAGUAGGCCGAUCUAAUCUUUUACCUCGAUCCUCUCGCAGGGAGUCUCAUGGCUCACAUAUUCCUUCAAGGACAAAUGAUAGCUCUAGCACAAGAUCAGGAGGCUCAUCAAGCAUCAGAGGUGGAGAUAGUGGAAGUUACAGCGGAGGUGGAGGUGAUGAUAGAGUUGGAGGUUAUAAUGGAAGUCAAAUUGGUCACAUGAGCCCAUUUACUGGUGAGCCAAACUUCACACAUGCAACACAAGAUGAAGAUCAUGGGAGUAGGAGAGCAGGAUCGGGUAUUGGUGCUAUAGGAAAACACUAUACACCAAGGGAAAGAGGUCAAGGAAGCAUGUCAAGGCAUGAAGAUGAUUCUUUAUCUCCCACUUUUGAUUCAUUUGGUGUGGGAGGAAGCAAUUAUGGACCUUACUCUUAUGGGCAAAACUUGGCAAUGCCUUACCUAGCAUACAUGACACCUUAUGGGAUGCAAUCAAGUGACAACUCAUGGACACAAUCUGAAGGACAAUCUUCAAAUGAUUAUGGUUAUGGCCAAAGUCGAGCAAUGCAUGAUCCCUACUAUAACUACCAGCACCAAAACCCACAGCCAAUCCCCCCGGACCCAUAUGGUUGGCAUGUAAGUCAAUACAUGCAAAACUACAGAGGGGAGGUAUCAUUUAAUGACUAUUCUUCACAAUACACUCAAGACUCUACAUAUAGAGAUGAUGAAGAUAGUGAAGAUUUUGUACCUCAUAGGUCUUCUACGUGGUUCUAA